AUACGUGGUGGUCGACAGUUGACAAUAUUGGCUUCGAAUCUUGUUCCCGGUGACUUGGUGCUUUUAUCUAUGGGUGAUCGCAUUCCAGCCGAUAUUCGACUCAUUGAAGCUGUGGGUUUGCGCGUCGACGAAUCCAGCCUAACAGGUGAAACAGAGGCAGUGUCAAAAGUGUCCCGCGAGUUGACUGUGGAUCCCGGUGACACAAGUGUACAAUCCAGGACUGAUGCAAUCCACAUGCAUCAAUCCAGUGAAUUUGUACGAAAUGGUAACACAGCUCUCGAAGUUGCCGCUUUGGAUCGUUUACGUGGUUGCCAUGAUCUGAUAAAUAUUGGAUUUCUCGGUACAUUAGUGUGCUGCGGAAACGCUCGUGGAAUUGUGAUUGCUACAGGAGAACGUUCCGAAUUCGGAGAAGUUUUUCGCAUGAUGCAGUCGGAGGAGGUGUUCAAUCAUGCUGACUCUGAGCGAGCGAUCGAAUUCGAGGAGUACAAAAUGUUCGUCUUCCGGGGUACGACACCGCGAUAUGGUUUUGAUUGCCUGGCCGUUGCUGCCAUCCCUGAGGGAUUGCCCAUUGUGGUCACUGUCACGCUUGCCCUGGGACAGAUGCGCAUGGCUGCGCGAAAUGCUGUUGUACGAAAACUGCCUGCGGUUGAAACACUAGGUUGUGUUAAUGUGGUAUGCGCGGACAAGACCGGGACCAUGACAGAAAACGAGAUGACCAUUUCACAGGUGGUAUCUAGUGCGCUUGAACGAUACACUCCUGUUGUGGUUCACUCACAAGACGACGUCUUUUCCACACCCGUCCACUCGACUGCUGCUACGUCGUCUCCGAAUAUCGGUCGCGCAAAUCACGUGUUAGCCCGUCACGAAUCGACCCUCCAUAUGAAUCCACCAGCCGUUAGUUUGAGUCUAAUGGAUCGUUCUAAAUCGAACAAUGAGCUGCUUCUCCCUGGAGCUCAUUACUGUCCUCCUACAUUUCAAAAGAUUAUCGAGAUUGGCUGUCUGUGCAAUAACGCUGUAUUGCAGAAUGGUCAACUUCACGGUCAGCCCACUGAGGGUGCUUUCCUUCGUCUUGCAAACCAUGUGAGUUAA